ACAUCUCUGAGUCAGUCUCGACCGGUUCUUGUGCUUUAUUUCCUUUUAUGUUGGAACAAGCUCUUGUUCUUUAUCCAAUCUUCUCUCUCGUAUCUUCCAGUAACCUUAAUUUCAGUCUUUCUGUUGUUCUGUCAGAUACUUUUUUCUACGCUCACCAAUUCACUCUUCUAUAUUCUUCUUUUCCUUUAAAGGGUCCUCUCUCUCGUACCCAGUUUGAGUUUCGUUGGUUUGAUUUCACUGCACUGGGAAGUACAUGAGACUCUUCCAGAAGUGUGAGAUUUGAAGACCAGAAUCUGGUGAAAGAAGAGAGCUUUUCCGAGACAUGGCUAUGUUUGAUCUCAAUGUUGACAUCAACCAUGCUGAUGCAGAUUCUGGCUCAAGCUGUGCUCAAAAGGAGGCGAAACUGCAGAGUUUUCCGACUGAAAUCUCAGAUUCCAGAACCUCCAACUCCUCUGUGUGGAAUCCUGCAGAUGAAGAUUCCUCAAACAAUUCCUCUCCCCUGAUUUUUGACAUACUGAAGAAAGAGAGGGGUGGCUCAGAGUUCAACAUGGAGCGAAACAUGGCACAGAAGGGAGAGAUGGCGACAAGGACCCUUUUCCCCGUGACUUCUUCUGAUAAAGGAGGAAGAGUUCCUGAUUUCAAAUCUGGGUUGUGGGGUAAUACUCAAUUGUUGAAACCGUCCUUUCCUGAAUCUGAUGAACAGAAUGAACUGAGAACCUUACAGCAGAAGCUACCACAUGUGAGGAAAAACAGGAGAGGACCAAGGUCUCGCAGUUCUCAAUACCGAGGUGUCACCUUCUACCGCAGGACUGGUAGAUGGGAGUCACAUAUUUGGGAUUGUGGGAAGCAGGUCUAUCUGGGUGGAUUUGACACUGCUCAAGCUGCUGCAAGAGCGUACGAUAGGGCUGCUAUUAAGUUUCGUGGAAUAGAUGCUGAUAUAAACUUUAGUCUGAGAGAUUAUGAGGAGGAUUUGAAGCAGAUGAGAGGUUUGAGUAAGGAAGAGUUUGUGCUUGUUCUUCGUCGACAAAUCAAUGGAAUCUCGAGGAGAAACGCAACUUACAAAAGUGCAUUAGCUCUUCACAAAGGUGGUCAAGGAGAGCCAAGUAUGGGACCAUUUCUUAGCAAGACAUUUUAUCCCAAGUCUUCCAUCAAUUAUGAUGAAGAAAAAGUGGAGAGCAGUUUUAGAGCUUUUUCCUAUAAGGAAAAAAUAAUUGGAAAUUCCAGUAUAGCAGGCACUUGCCAUGAUCUUGAUUUGAGGCUGGGGAUUUCUCCAUGUUCUAAAAAGUUGAAGAAUUGUGAUUAUGGUGGAGACUAUUCCUUUGGAUGUGUGACUUGUAAGAUACCCCAGGAGAUAGGAACAAUGUGUGAGGAGAAGAGCAUGGUGGAGAGAAUGAGAAGUGUUCCUCUGCAAAAGUUUUGCAGCAAUGGCAGCAUUGGCUCAAGGGCUUUGCAAUCAAAUGCAGCAUCAUCAGGAUUCGUCACAUAUCAAUUGUGCCAACACAACUCAUCAUUAACUCUCCAAGGUUGUGGUGUCACACUAGUAGAUCAAAUCAAACCACUAUAAUAUUUACCAUUUCCUUCUUUCUGCAACAUUUUAUCAGACACCAUUAAUGCAUCAUAACCACACUCUGUAAUAUUAUAUUGCUUUCCUCAUAUAUCAUUGUGUUUAAUAAUGUUGCCAAGCAUUCAUUGCAAUGCAAACCAGUAACUUGUAUUCAUUAUUGUGAUUUAGUACACUCUCUUGAACUAUGUAAAUAUUUCUUUAUAAAAUGCAACUGCUUUGUCA